AUGCGGAACCUAAGACACAGGUUAGAGGAAGGACGGAAAAACUCUAUCAGCGACAGAGAACGCUUUGCUGGCAAUACAUUUGCCACCAAAGUCACCCAGCGGGUUGAGAUGGGAUGGCUCAACUUUGAGAGUGGCACUUAUCACCAAAUCAGAACUAGAAAUGGAGGUGUUACACGGCAUCUAUCUGUCCAGAAAUCAAUAACUAUGGGUGAGCUGCUGCAGACAGGCAAAGACUUGUUUUUUCCAAAUGGACGUUCGUCCAAAGGACUGAUGGAAGACUUUGACAUCGACAUUCAUGAUUAUAGCCACGUCAUAGUAUCCCCUGAAGUAACAGUGGGCCAGCUAUACGACCAGACUAAAUUAAGAAUGUUGCGGGUUUACGUGAGCUCCAAGGCGAAAAAUGUAACGCUCAUCUCUGAUGAAUCAUCGGACUCCGAGCCCACUGAGAGGCCAAAGACGUCUAGGAAAAUGCAGAGACGUUCCUCGAGGAACAAAACAAGGAGAAGCCCAGCACCCAGUGGCUCAAUGCAGCGAGCCGAACCAAUCAUCGAAUCAAGACCAAGACCAGCAACUCCUGAGAUGAGUGACGCAGAGUUCCUGCAUCAACUAUCUUCUGAUGAUCCUGACAGUCAUACUCAGCAACCAACAAGUGUUGAGUCAGAGUCCCCUCUUGCCUUUGCCAUCGAAGCAUCUCUUGAGGACUCUGAAGUAAACUUUGGACCCAAUACUGGUGAUGAUGAUGCUGAUCAAGACUCCACCCUUCCCUGGAAUCCAGAUGACUUGGACCCUCACACUCUACAUUGAAUGAUGGGCCUGUAUCAUCAAGCAGUCUUGCAGCAUCACAAGACCCAUCUGACAAAGAAGUCCUUGUGAAAUUAAGACGGGUAAACAUAGUUAAUGAUGUCCUCGAUGUCUUUAUGGAUCCGAAGGUACUGAAUGCUCCUCUAAAAAUGGAAUUCACAAAUGAGAAAGCUGUGGACAGUGAUGGGGUAUCAAGAGAGGCAUAUUCCGCAUUCUGGGAAAAUUUCUUGGAAUAGUGUGAGGGGGAAGAUGAACGAGUACCCAGACUACAACCAGAGUGUUCUGAGAAGAAAUGGGAAGCUCUUGGAAGAGUGUGGUUGAAAGGAUACCUGGACUACAAAAUCAUACCAGUCAGACUGUCACCCGCUUUUGUUCUUGCCUGUUGUCAAGGACUUACUUCAGUGGAUGACGAGCUGUUAUGUCAUUUGCCAGAUUUAUUUCAGAGAACGAGCGUGCAUCACUUGAAAAAGCACUGCAGGGCAACAUUGAUGAAACUGUUGAGGAGGAUUUACUUGACAUUUUUUCAAGAAUGGGCUCACACUGCAUGCCCUCUAAAGACAACUUGCGGGCAGCCAUUUUGACAAUGGCCCACAAAGCUCUUCUUCAACAGCCAAAGUUCAUAAUUGACUGUUUCCACAACAUUAUUCACAGUUCUGUGCCAACACUCAACCAAA